UCUUCUCGAUGAAUGAGACAAGUAUUUCGCUGUUAACAAUAAUAUUACGUCGAAUUAUAGUAGUUUUUGAGCCAAUGUUUUCCCAGUCGAUAUAUAUAAUUUAAAGAAAGUGAAAGAAAAAAAAAACACAACGACCAUUUCUUCUUUUUUUGUUUCACACGCCUCAGGUGCCAUCACAUCCUUCCUUCCUUGAUCCGUCAAUUAAAAACUAACGUGGAAAAUGAACUCUGCCGAGGAAUUGUAUAGUGCCGAGCAGAUAAACAUUCCCAUAACAUUCCCUGAUAUUCUAAAAUUAUACGUUAAAUCGGCCAUUCGUACUCAGCCCUACGAUCUCUUAACCUGGACCGCAGCUUACUUUCGUGCACUGGCCAAUGACGAGGUGCCUCCAGUGAAGGAACGCUUCGACCAUCCGCCUUUCACCCAUCCAACGGGUCUCACUCCAAGCUACCUGAGGAUCCUGUUCAAUCAAUUUGGCCGGCCGUCCUACGGCAGCUGUAUAGCCUUGAAGGCCCUUUUUCAACGGUGGCAAGCGAUGGCUCUCACCGACUUACUCCUUUAUCGAAUUCUCAAGAUUGGUCAUCUUUUGCACAAUGAGAUUGAUCUGUACCGAUUUUUGGCGGUUGCCUGUGGGCUUUUGGGCAAUAAUCUCGUUGACACGAUGAUUCAUAUUUGCGAGUUGCUGACGUGCGAACCAGUCGGCGGUUCUGCUAUGAUACCACAUCAAAUCCUAGUGAAUCUCUACGGAUACCUGGCCAACCUCGAUGGCACCGGUCAAACCCCGGCGGAGACAUCUGAAAUAGGCAGUGUUGAGGGAACGACCGAUUCGCCCUCAUCCGGAGAUAUCCUCUCUCGAGAUUCAGGAUCAAUUUACACGUGUCAGGAUGAAAGUUGCUCGGAGGCAGGUGGGCACAGCAAAGUGACCCACGGCUGGGCAAGCAUAAAGACGUUGGGUGAUGAUAGAGGUCUUGAGAAUUGUGCUCACUCGGCUGGGGAAACUGACGAGAUGUCGACGGAAGUGUUGGGAAAUGAUGACAGGAGCAUUCUGGAUGACGACGUUGUAAAGCUUCAAGAGGAUACUCAACGUCUUCCUCUUAGCGAUUACAAUAGCUCGGUACAUUCCCCGGAUAAAAGCAGUCUUCAGGAAGGGUCUGGCGGUGAAGUCGCGGUAUAUUUAUCGGAGGAUGAUUAUGGAGGAGAAUUUUACGGGGAAUAUUCACACGAGAUCGAGGAGAGACGAGUCACAAAAGCUCUGAUAAUCGGAGUAAACGGAUCCUCAAUAAACGAAGACCUGCAAACACUAGAGAAGUUGAAAAGUAAUUUAAUUCCCGAGAACAUUGAAGGAAUCUGUGAGUGUAUGGAAGCGGGAAAAAAGUGCGCGUGUUCCGGGAAAUCAUCGGAACAGGAUGAAAACUUCGUCCGGACAUUUACUCAGAGAAUUGAGGAGAAAUAUUCCCCAAUGCAUAUCGAUUACAAUGUACCGGGGAUCGGUGCUAUCGUCAGCGUUGAACGUGUCACUGCCAUUCAAGUUUGGCUGAUGGACUGCUCGAGGCGACAACAAGGAUGGAUUGGACCGCGUAAUUUGAGGCAUUUUAUGUGCCCGAAAUUGUUUGAUGAGUACGACAGUAGUGAAAAUUGCGACGAUUGCGAAUGCGAUCAAUAAUCACUGAUAAUUCAUCACUAUAAACGUUGAAUGAGCGCCUUAUAAUCCGCUCCAUUGGCAUAAAAAUAAAUAUGAUAGUAAAUCAUAAAUCUUCGAAAAUCAUUUUAUAAUAUGAACAAAUGGAGCAUAAAAUCAUGCCUCCGUGCGGUACGCAUUACCGUCCCUCCAAUUAAUAAAUUAUGAGCGAAAAACUCCUGAGAGGAAAACAACUCUGCUGGCACGAUUUCCUGAGAAUGUUUAUGUUACUUUUACGAGGCAAUAAUAUUCCUGGCAAAAUCGUCGGGUAGUGAAAUUGUCAUGAGAUAUUGAACCUCGUACCGUUCACUUAUUCUUCACACAAUAACAGAAAAUCGAAAACCGGUGACGACGGAAAAACGUGAAUAAAAGUCGCGUCAGCUCGACGCCUCGUGCGACUGUAUUUUCCCCUGAACCGGACAAUCGAUAUAAUUGUUUCCGAGCCGAGGGCAUAAGGGCAAAGAGGGAUAUGAAGAGAGGAUUUAGAAUUUAUAAUAAUGUACACCUCAUCGGUCUAACAAAAUGGCCUCUCCGGCAAUAAUGUCAAUCGAAUAGACAAAAAAAAAUUAUUCUCAUUCACCCCUUUUUCUCAUUGAGUUAAUUCUUCCCUCAGUGGCAUCUUCAGUCCCAUUCGACCUUUUCCGUUGCCUCUUAGCGAUCUUCUCUCCGCCUGCGCCAAUAAAUCGAACGGCGCUCUCGCGGCUCGCCCCCUCCUUCAGUCUAUAGUGCAUACGACACACAAAGAGUAGAAAAGAGAUUGAAAAGAAACUCGACGGAAUCGCCCUUCAUUGCCCCUCUCCCUUCCUAUAAAUCGAUAGUCCAAUGGAUUCUCAGUCCCUGUUCCAUACAAUUCCCGCCUCAACUUUUCCCAGAAGUCUUUUAAAUCCUUUUUUCGUUGCUCGAAGCCAAUCCACAUUCUUCCUUUUCCUCUGGCUCAAGUCCUUCUUAUUUGCCAAUUGUAUCAUUGGUUUUUUCCGAAUUCCCCUGUUUUUACCCCAUUCUCACCUAUUUGACUGACGUAAUGGCGAGUGCGACCUACACACUGCGCCGCCGGUAGAAAUAGGGUGAAUGCCAACGCGCUUUCUACGACUAUGUCAGUUUCUAUAAAUAAACGACACUGGAAAGCUCAUUGUGCGUUACUGGAGUGAUGUACCUGGAGAGAGAGAGAGGGGAUGAACAUGCUAUUUCCCUACAUUACUUGAAUGACUACUAAAAACAAUUAUUUAGUGAUAAAUCAUGAGAAAUUUCUGAAUAAUUACACGAAGAGAAAAAUUCUUUAAAAAUUACGUGACAGUUCCAUAAUCGGACAGUAAAUUCAGUAUUCGGUAAAAAUUACGGAACAGGAACGCACUUUUUUAGGGAACUUUCAGGAAAUAGUUGACAACGUAUGGAACGUUCAGUAAAAAAAUGGGUAACUGUUCCAUAAUUUUUACUGAAUACUGUUUUGAUCGUAUUCAGUGAAAUACGGUCAAACUUUCAAACUCCGUGUGAAAAUUUAAGAUUAGAUUUUAUUUAUCAGUUUUUCCAUCGAAGUGACGUCAUUCACGACCAAAUUUCUAAAAAAUUGAAUUUUUGCUUUGUUAAAAAUAAAUAACAAUAGCAAAUAUUUCUAUCCCACUAUUUACAGUAAUUUGUUCAGGGACUUUCACCUGCCUCUCGGGAAUUCCUAUUUUCCGGAAUUUUAGAUUCCACCAUUUGGGAUUUCUCUUCCAGACAGUUGAUGCAACACUAUAAUUUACUCCCCCCAGUGCUUCUAAAUUUCGUAAUAAAUUCUCAUUCCAUGUUUAUUCCGUUUGUUUUUCGCUUUUAUUUACUCUUCGGUACCUGACGUGCAAUGAAAAUGCCUGUACCACAUGUAGAUUCCAGAGAUUGUUGGAAUGCCUAGUGGGUAAUGAUACGGUUUUUUAGGCUGAGUCGGCAUUGCAAAAAAAUAUGGUCCACUCAUACUUGCAAUCGAGAUAGCUUGUAGUAUUGGACGGUGGCGUUGGCCGAUGAGCUUUUUUUUUCAUUUAAAUCAUUAUUCUUCGGGCCAUACUGAAUGAGGAAACUGGAUAAAACGAGGAGGGGAAGGAGGAGAAGUAGGUGAGUAAAAUGAUGGUCUAGCCCGGAGAAAGGACGAGAGGAAAAAAUUGUGGGAGGAAAACUCGUUAGAAAAAGUAA